CAGCGCCAGCCGGAGCGGAGGCCACGGGAGGCGGCGGAUCCGGGCGCGCCGGGAUCAUGGCGCCAGCGGCGUCCGCCUGAGCGGCGCGGGCAGCGGGGGCGGCCGGCGGCCCUUCCUCGCCAUGGGGGACGUGCUGUCCACGCACCUGGACGACGCGCGGCGCCAGCACAUCGCAGAGAGAACCGGGAAGAUCCUGAAGGAGUUCCUCCGCUUCUAUGAGGACCAGUAUGGCGUCGCCCUCUUCAACAGCAUGCGGCACGAGAUCGAGGGCACCGGGGGGCCGCAGGCCCAGCUGCUCUGGCGCAAGGUGCCGCUGGAGGAACGCAUCAUCUUCUCGGGGAACCUCUUCCAGUACCAGGAGGACAACAAGAAGUGGAGGAACCGCUUCAGCCUCGUGCCCCACAACUACGGGCUGGUGCUGUACGAGAACAAAGUGGCCUAUGAGCGGCAGGUGCCCCCUCGUGCUGUCAUCAACACUGCAGGCUACAAAAUCCUCACCUCCGUGGACCAAUACCUGGAGCUCGUUGGCAACUCCUUACCAGGGAUCACGUCCAAAUCGAGCACCACGCCCAUCCUCAAGUGCCCCACCCAGUUCCCACUCAUCCUCUGGCAUCCUUCUGCGCGCCACUACUACUUCUGCAUGAUGACAGAAGCGGAGCAGGACAAGUGGCAGGCUGUGCUGCAGGACUGCAUCCGGCACUGCAAUAACGGGAUUCCCGAGGACUCCAAGGUGGAGGGCCCCGCUUUCACGGAUGCCGUGCGCAUGUACCGCCAGUCCAAGGAGCUGUACGGCACCUGGGAGAUGCUGUGUGGGAACGAGGUGCAGAUCCUGUGCAACCUGGUGAUGGAGGAGCUGGGCCCUGAGCUGAAGGCGGAGCUUGCCCCGCGGCUGAAGGGGAAACCGCAGGAGCGGCAGCGGCAGUGGAUCCAGAUCUCCGACGCCGUGUACCGCAUGGUGUAUGAGCAGGCCAAGGAGAGCUUCGACAGGAUGCUGUCCAAGCUGCAGGUGGCCCGGCCAGCCAUGGAGGCGGUCAUCCGCACCGACAUGGACCAGAUCAUCACCUCCAAGGAGCACCUGGCCAGCAAGAUCCGAGCCUUCAUCCUCCCCAAGGCGGAGGUGUGUGUCCGGAACCACGUCCAGCCCUACAUCCCGUCCAUCCUGGAGGCCCUGAUGGUGCCCACCAGCCAGGGCUUCACCGAGGUGCGGGACGUCUUUUUCAAGGAGGUCACUGACAUGAACCUGAACGUCAUCAACGAAGGCGGCAUUGACAAGCUGGGCGAGUACAUGGAGAAGCUGUCCCAGCUGGCGUUCCACCCCCUCAAGAUGCAGAGCUGCUACGAGAAGAUGGAGCCGCUGCGGCUCGACGGGCUGCAGCAGCGCUUCGAUGUGUCCAGCACGUCCGUGUUCAAGCAGCGGGCCCAGAUCCACAUGCGUGAGCAAAUGGACAACGCCGUGUACACCUUCGAGACCCUCCUGCACCAGGAGCUGGGGAAGGGGCCCACCAAGGAGGAGCUGUGCAAGUCCAUCCAGCGCAUCCUGGAGCGGGUGCUGAAGAAGUACGACUACGACAGCAGCUCGGUGCGGAAGCGCUUCUUCCGCGAGGCCCUGCUGCAGAUCACCAUCCCCUUCCUGCUCAAGAAGCUCGCCCCCACCUGCAAGUCGGAGCUGCCGCGGUUCCAGGAGCUGAUCUUCGAGGACUUUGCCAGGUUCAUCCUGGUGGAGAACACGUACGAGGAGGUGGUGCUGCAGACGGUCAUGAAGGACAUCCUGCAGGCGGUGAAGGAGGCCGCCGUGCAGAGGAAGCACAACCUCUACCGGGACAGCAUGGUCAUGCACAACAGCGACCCCAACCUGCACCUGCUGGCCGAGGGCGCCCCCAUCGACUGGGGCGAGGAGUACAGCGGCGCCGGCGACCGCGGGGAUAGCCCCAGCUCCCCGGAAGCCACCGCCCUCUCGGAAAAGCGGCGGCGGGCCAAGCAGGUGGUGUCUGUGGUCCAGGACGAGGAGGCGGGGCUGCCCUUCGAGGCGGGCCCCGAGCCGCCGUCACCUGUGUCCCCGGACAGCGUCGCCGAGCUCCGCGGCCUGCUGGCCCGGGAUCUGCGGGCCGAGAGCCCCCCGCCGCCGGCCGGCCCCCUGCUCAACGGGACCCCCGCCCAGGAGGGUGCCCUGCCCGAGGCCGUCCCUGAGGCCUCCUCGCCGCCUGCCUCGCCCCCCCGGCACCUCCCACCUGGGAAGGCGGUGGACCUUGAGCCUCCCAAGCCCAGCGACCAGGAGACCGGGGAGCAGGUGUCCAGCCCCGGCGAGCGCCCCGCCAUCCACACUACCACCGAGGACAGUGCCGGGGUGCAGACUGAGUUCUAGGCUGACCCUGAGCCCGGCCGGACACGGCGCGCGGGUCCCGCCCUCCGAGGCACUGGCCCAGCGGGCUCCGGGCGCGGGCACCACCUCGGUGCCUUCCCCGGAGGCGGCAGGGCUGCUGCGGACCCUGGGCUGGGACAGGCCCACCGGAGUCACUUUACUGGGUUCGGUCACCCUGUUUUGCUCCCUGUUUUCUCUUCUGUGGGGUGACCUUGGGCUUCCUCCCUGUGCCGGGGCCGGGCACGGCUGCGGGGGCUGAGCUCCCGGGUCCCCGCCUGCCCUUCCCCGUGGCCUGUUUCCCUCGCCAGCCUUGCAUCCUGGAGGGCGGGAGGGAGGGAGGGGAAGCCGUGUUGGCUGUGAGGGGAGCCGGGAGCCAGCCCUCUCCCCCACCAAGGGGCUCAUCAGCCCCGGGGAGUGGAGUGUUGAGGCCCAACUUGGGGUCCUGUUCCCCAUCCUGCUCCUCCCACGGGGCCCCAGAGGCCAGCUCCGCUUUCCCCGUGUGGGCAAAGGGAGGUGCAGGGAGGGUCUUCAGACUGCAGCCGGG